CCGCCAGUAAUGCUGCUGCUUCUGCUGCUGCUGCUGCUGGAACCUGGACCCAGAUCCAGCGCAGCCUCUAGGAGGUCACAUGUGCACCGACGUGGGAUCCUGGAACUGGCAGGGACUGUGAAUUGUGUCGGGGCCCGAAACCCCUUGGCCUAUGUGGACUAUGGCUGCUACUGCGGCCUGGGUGGCCGUGGCAAGCCCAAGGAUGCCACUGACUGGUGCUGCUUUCACCACGACUGCUGUUACACUCGUGCCGAGGAGGCUGGCUGCAGGCCCAAGUUGAAUCCCUACUCCUGGCGGUGCGUCAGUAAGCGCGUCGUGUGCGGACCAACAGAGAACGAAUGCCAAGAACUUUUGUGCAAGUGUGACCAGGAGGUUGCUCACUGCUUUGCUGAAACUCAGUACAACUUAAAGUACCUCUUCUACCCCCAGUUUUUAUGUGAGCAAGACUCACCCAAGUGUGACUGA